AUGGAUGCUAAGUUGAAGAGUCUGUUUGCGGAGUACUCAAAUAUUUUGCAUGAUAAACAGGUAACUACAGUUUCCAGUGGUCCGUCGACUUCAAUAGGUACUUCAGAGACUUCUGCUGGUCCAAUGCAUUCAGGCUCUUCAACCGAGGUCUCCUCCACUUCAUCUGGAAGCACUUUCUGGGCAUCUCGCAAUCGGAAAAAAAGAGACCCUCUUGCUACAUCAUCAGAAGAACUAAAGAGGUAUUAUGCUGAGCCUGAACCUGCUUUGGCUGAUAUCGAGAACUUUGAUGUGUUAGAUUGGUGGAAAAGCAAUGAAAACAGGUACCCAGUACUUUCUUGUGUCGCUCGUGAUGUUCUAGCAGUCCAAGCAUCUACAGUUGCCUCCGAGUCUGCCUUCUCUCUCGGGAAACGUAUACUAGGUGAUUACCGAAGUAGUUUAACUCCGGAUAUAUGA